AUGCCGUUGCCUUUCCUGGGGCGACUGAAUAUUCCCGAAUAUGUCGCCCUUCUUGGUUCAUUCUUUCUCGUCGGGCUCGAGGCCUUUAUUCGUGUAAUCACAUUAGCGCUGCCCUCGACACUAAUAUCCCUGUUAUAUGGCGUCUCGAGACGAAUCUUCAACCGAUAUUCCACACCUAAGCAGAAGAUAGCCGUGGAAAAGCAGAAACCUGUGUCUACUUCGAUUCGAGAUGCAUCCGAUUUUGUCGAACUUUGCGCCCUGAACGGCUACCAGGCUGAAGAACAUGUUGUCCAGACCAAAGAUGGCUAUCUACUCGGCUUGCAUCGCCUCGCCUGGAGGAAAGGGGAGGAAGACCAGAGAGUCAACAGCGGCCCGAACAGCGUCCAGAAGCGUGUGGUGUACUUGCACCACGGUUUGCUCAUGAACAGUGAGGUCUGGGUCUGCCAGACGGACACAAACCGAUCGCUCGCGUUCGUGCUGGUGGAUCAAGGCUUCGAUGUCUGGCUUGGAAACAACCGCGGCAACAAGUACUCGAAGAAGAGUAUCAACCAUUCACCUGCUUCCACAGCCUUUUGGAAUUUCUCCAUUGACGAAUUUGCUUUCCACGACAUUCCGGAUAGUAUCGCGUACAUCCUCGAGACUACGGACGAAAAGUCGUUGUCGUACAUUGGCUUCUCGCAAGGAACAGCCCAGGCCUUUGCCAGUUUGGCCGUCAAUCCAAGACUUAACCAGCAAGUCAACGUGUUUAUCGCCCUCGCGCCAGCCAUGUCACCGGCGGGACUUUCCAACAGAGUAGUGGAUGCUCUGAUCAAAUCGUCGCCUUCGGUUCUUUUUCUGCUCUUUGGUCGCCGGGCGAUCCUCAGCUCUGCUACCAUGUGGGAGACCAUAUUGUAUCCUCCGAUCUUUAUCAAGGUCAUAGAUGUUGCUGUGUCUUUCCUAUUUGGUUGGAAAACCAGAAACAUCUCGACAAGCCAGAAGCUGGCUGCUUAUCCCCACUUGUACUCGUUCACCAGCACCAAGUCGGUGGUACAUUGGUUCCAAAUCAUCCGUACCAAGAGCUUUCAGAUGUACGAUGAUGAUGUCCAGCAACCAUUGUCGCUGAGCACAAGCUCCAGGUUCACGAAAGUGGCUAAGUAUCCUACGCGAAACAUCAAGACACCGAUAGUUCUAGUCUAUGGCGGUUCCGAUUCACUGGUGGAUAUCAAAGUCAUGCUUCGCCAGCUGCCGCCUCAGACCGUCGCCACCGAGAUCCCGCGCUACGAACAUAUCGACUUUUUGUGGGCGCGCGACGUUGACGCACAAGUAUUCCGCCACGUAUUUGACGCGCUGGACUCAUUCACUGGUGCGGAACAUACCAAGGAAGAGUACAAUCGGUAUAGGACUGCUCGCUCGUCCAGCAUCAGUGCCAGCGUGAACUUCAGGCGACACGCUCAUCAUGAUAGUGUCGACACUCAGGCAGAUGUGACAGAUGAGACCACCGCGACAACCACCGAGGCGGAAAGCGACUCGGGUGACAGGACUCUCGUCAACGGUCGAGGCGGAUCGAGGUCUAGACUUCGACACCAGGCCACAGAGGGCUUACGCAGCCCUUCAAGGGGCUCUGAGGUCUCGGUAGGCCCGGCCAGUGGUGGCUUGAAUACAAAUGGUACAGUAGCCUCCGAUGGUGAAAGCUCCUCGGGUUCGCCCGCAAGGCGAAGGGCAGGCAUUCAACGCCAUACCAGCGGUGUGAGCGUCGACUCUCUACGUCAAGGCCGUGGAAUUAGGGUGGGUGCCAGUCGGGCCGUAGGGGGUGUCACUGCUGCGAUCGCCGGCGGCAACUCUCCCAGUAGCGGGACGGAUUAG